AUGCAGUCACUCCGCCGGACAGCAGUGGCUGCUGCCCGCACGAGCCGAACUCCGCUAUCGCGCCAAUCGCGCCGCUACGCACACGAUGAAGCUCAUGGCCAUGCAAGCCCGGCCGUUGACGAGCCCAUGGGCUGGGGUUUCUAUGGCACGAUUGGCGUUAUCCCCGCAGGCUUGGCCCUAUACAGCCUCUCGCGCACCGACGGCGAUGACAGCAAGCCAUACUUUACCCGUUUGAUUGCCGAUGCUACGACCGGACUGCACGACAAGUGGACUGCACAGAACGAUUUGCACGUGAGGAUGAUUGAGCAGGCGGGCGAGGACCGUGUGCUGUUUCUGAACACGAAGCCCCAGGAGCACGUUGAGAUGAAGUUCCCAGAGAUCAUGAACGUGGGAUCUCCGUACAAUGUGCCUGCUGGAAGCCAGGUCCAAAUGGACAAGGUGAUUGAAAAGUACAAGAAACUGGCCUAUGAAGAGAAUGAGCGGAAGCUGGAGAAGCUGAGGAACAACGACAUUUCUUCGGAGAAGCCAUUCGAGGGCAAGAUGCGGGUGAAGAAGGCUCCCGAUAUGUCUGGAGUUUGUUUCAUAGGCAGUGUACAUAGUCGGGGGAAAUUGAUAUCCGCCUUUAACUUGUUACGCGCUUCCCCAGGUGAUUGGGUCGAAGAUUCUGUUCCCUAUCUGCCCGAACUCAAUUUCAGCCGCGUUCUCCAGAGAAAUGACAUAAACGGUGCAGCUUGGCCUGACGACGCUCUUCGCACUGCGAACGCAACCCCCCUACGCUCAAAGUCCCCGGCUGUCAUGCCAUCGUAUACGUCACAUCGCAACGUCUCAGGUCCCUUCGCCGUAGACAAGGCCCCAAUGGCUACCGACGAGAACAACUCCUGGGCCCGCCCAAAUCACCACAGCACGCCAAACUCAAAAACUUCACAGUACAUUGACAAGAUCACCCAAGAAAACGACCGCCUGCGCCGAGAACUGCUUGCCGAGAAGCUGGCCAGAGAAGAUGAGGCCAAGCGCGUGUCCGCCGCCCAAACCAGAGCUGAAGACUCGCGUGCCGAGUACCAGCACCUCCAAGUCCUCGCUGACACAAAUGCGCGCGCCAUAGAGCGGAAGGACCGGAAGCUGGAAGAGCUCAGGGCCACGCUCGACACCGAGAUCCGCCGGCGCAAGAUGGCAGAGCAGAGAGCCGAGGAAGCCCUCAAGAUGCUGGGUGACACUAGGUCAGAGACGCAGCGACAGCUGGCACAGGCGUAUGAAAUGAAGGGUCUAGCCGACACCAACCUCGAAACGGCUCGCGACGGCUUCAAGCGCAUCACCGACGGCUACGAGAACAAGGUCCGCCUCAUCAACCAGGAGCUGAACGAGCUGCGACGCAAGCGACUAGAGGACGCCGAUAAGAUCAAGCGCCAGGCUAUCAUAAGCGAUCAGCUACAGCACGAGUCAUCCCGCUCCAACCGAACCGAGGCCAAGCUCACCAACCUUAUGGAAUUGUACAAGAAGGAGCACCGCAAGGAAAUGGACGCCCUUAUCGCUGAAGCAGAGAGGCUGCGACGCGCGUUGCCAGAAAAGGAGCGCGAGGCUCAGAAGCUGGUAGACGCCAUGGUCGAGACGCGCGACAAGAUGCGGUGGGUCAUGACACAGCACGAGCGCCAGACAGCCAGUCAGUCUUAG